AUGAAAACAAUUGGAAUUUGCUCGCUGCGAGGAUGGCGAGGUGUUCUAGGACGAAAUUUGUUUGUUUUUGUUGCAAUCCUCUUCGGCGCAUCGAUUGUUUAUUUAUACAUAGGUGAGAAGCAGCAUCGGGAAAUUGGCGGCCUAUAAUUUGAGCCUGUUUGCAGAUUUUCCUCUGAGACUUAGCAGUGAAAUUUUGAACGACCGGAUCAAUGAGAAUGAACUGUAUAGCUACGAGGAUACGAUUCGAAACGCGGAGAGUGUAGUAAAGUGAGAAGAUUUCAGUUUAAAUCGCAACAAUAACGCGAUGCUGCAGAUUCAAUAAAUCCUCCAAUGAUGUGCUGGUAUUUGUCCACAUCCAAAAGACCGCCGGCACAACAUUUGAGAAGUUUCUCGUUCGUUACCAGGAAAGUCUUCCGUGCAAAUGUAUGGCGCAUAAAAAGCGAUGCAAUUGUGGGCGCAAUUCAUCAAACGAGGUAAUAGAGAGCGGCCGAAAGUGAAACUCUCUCUCUCUCUCUUUGUUUCAGACGUGGCUGUUUUCGCGAUAUUCUACCGGAUGGGUUUGCGGACUGCACGCCGAUUAUACUGAACUGGUCGUCAACAGUUGUGUGCAGCGCGUGUUGGAUAAGCAAGCAGGUGAGUACGGCACAUUAAAAAAACUGGACAAUAUACCUCCAAACUUACGGAACGACAUCCGUUGCAAGAUGCUUCGACGAGGAGUAGGCUCGCAAGACUUUGAGCGUUCUAAAGGAAAAUGUUAGAGGGUGGAAAUGGGGCUGAAACUGUUUGAUUUACGGUUUCGGACAGGAAGUGAAACCCUGAAAGCCGACGAGUUUAUCAAAACACCACUUUCAUUGAUUGGCUUCUCCAAAUGAAUGAUAAGGGCAAAAUAUCUAUGUUAUGUCCGCUCUCCGCGCCGGCUUUCGGCGGAAAGGGGGAGGGGGACAAAAUCCAAUUUCCGAUUCUCUGCGGAAUGAAGAAGAGAGUAAUGAUUUGCAGGUCAUAAGAAGAAGAGAAACUACUUCUACACUACAUUUCUGCGCAACCCGACCGAUCGAUUCAUUUCUGAGUUUCGGCAUGUUCAAAGGGGCGCAACAUGGAUAUCAUCCAAGUAUGAUAAGCGAUAAGCGAAAGUUGGGAAACGCUUUGCAAAUCACCAAGUUUCAGGCAUGUCUGCAAUGGGAAACCCGCGUCCGUCAACGAUCUGCCGACGUGUUUCGACCCGCGCAUCGGCUGGGAAGGUGUCUCGCUGGAGGAGUUCAUCUCCUGCCCGUACAAUCUGGCGUUCAACCGACAGACCAGAAUGCUGUCCAAUCUAUCACUCGUCGGUUGCUAUGAACACUUACGGAAACCGUCGUACGAACAAGACAAAAUAAUGAUGGAAAGUGCAAAGGAAAACUUGAGGCAAGUUUUUCCCCCUGUCCCUCUAAUCCUUUGAAACGAACUGGGAGGGAGGGGGAAGACCGAACUGGGACAAUUAAAAGUACUUUCAGAAAGAUGGCGUUUUUUGGAAUAAAAGAGCGAAUGGAGGACAGCCAAUUUUACUUUGAGAAUACCUUUGACCUGAAGUAAGAAUUAGAGCCCCAACAAUGUAACUUAUUUUUAUAACCUUAUUCCUUUCAGGUUCACUCGAAAGAUGUCCGUAUGGGGAAAGAGUAAAUCGAACGACACCAUACUGACGGAAGCGCAACUCGCAUAUAUACAGAAUGUGAACAAAUUGGACUGGGAGCUCUACGAAUACGCACUCAAACUUUUCGACGAACGAGUCGACCAACUCCGAAGAAAAAGACGAAUACGCCGUUGA